AUGCAUUUGUCUCUGGAUUCAAUAAACAUGGCAGACGAUGGGUACCUUUCGUCAGACAACUACCACGACCUGGGUAAAGGAGGCGGAUCAGUAAUGGGCGGGCGCUUGCACAGCAUAGACGUCAUUCUGGGCUUCAGUAAGGAACAGGACCCUCUGCUCAACCCUGUGGGACCUGCCGAGGGCCAUAAAGGUGAUGGAGAUGUCCUGGUGGAACAGGGGAAACAGGUGACCUCUGACCCUUACGCUCACCUGCCCAGCAUGCCAGACACCUCCAAUCAGGGUGCCUAUCAUGAUACAGGACUCUUCUCAAAUGAUAAAUGUGAAGGUGAUGUUGGGGAUCUACAUGGGAUGGAGAGUGACAGCAGGUCUCCCGAACCUUUGGAGGAUGAUCAACCCAAAAAGAAACACCGCCGCAACCGGACCACCUUCACCACUUACCAACUGCAUGAGUUGGAACGAGCUUUUGAGAAAUCCCACUACCCUGAUGUGUACAGUCGAGAAGAGCUGGCCAUGAAGGUCAAUCUCCCUGAAGUACGAGUGCAGGUCUGGUUCCAGAAUCGGCGUGCAAAAUGGAGGCGUCAGGAGAAGAUGGACACUGGUAGCAUGAAGCUUCAUGACUCACCUAUGCUGUCCUUCAACCGGCCUCCCAUGCCUUCCAAUGUGGGGCCAAUGAGCAACUCCUUGCCCUUAGACCCCUGGUUAUCAUCUUCCCUCUCCAGUGCCACUCCCAUGCACAGCAUCCCAGGAUUCAUGGGUCCCUCCCAAAGCCUGCAGCCCACUUACCCAAGCCACCCAGGCUUCUUUAACUCAACUCCAGGCAUAGUACAGGGAAUGCAGCCCAUGCCACCUCCACCUUACCAGUGUCCACCGGCCUUCAAUGACAAGUAUCCACUGGAGGACAUGGACCGCAGCUCCAGCAUUGCAGCUCUGAGAAUGAAGGCCAAGGAACACAUUCAGUCCAUGGACAAAACCUGGCAGCCCAUGUGA